UGAGAACGCAAAAUCACUGGUGCAGCAAGAAACUAUGAUCCGGCAUAAACCUCCCAUUGACUCUUUCCCCUUCAAGCGAUUUUAUGAGAGGGUCUUUGUUUGACGGCGUUGGCGGCACGGUAUUUCUGAAUAACGAGCAAGAGGAUUGGUGAAGAACCAGAACGGAUGGAAGAAACGGAAGAAACGGAAUAAUCGAGCUCUGUUCGAGUUUUUCCUGCAGCCUUCGUCCCACUAGUCCCCUAUUUUCCCUUUUUUCCCUUUGUUCUGUUUUUCCUGUUUUUCCCGCAGCUCCCAUAACUUCAGUACCUUCUGCUGCUGGCUAUUAGUCACUAGAUUUCAGCAAGGACAGCUUUUUCUUUUUUGAUGUAGUUGUAAUAUGGUUCGACGGGAUCUUCCCCUACUGCAAGCUACGACAAGAUUCUCCCCCUCGACUGUCUUCAGUUCAGGGUUCAGGGACAACAACAUAACAUCUAGGUUUUUUUUCCUGAGAUGUUUACCAAUCAGACCCAAGCGGACUGAUAGCAUCCCCUGCACCAUGGUCUCGCGGCAAUAUCAUCCUUCGUCCUUUGGCGCCUCAUCAAUAAGCGAAUUUGUAGCAUCGAGCGGCAGAUCGCCAGCCACCUUUCAUUGACUACCACUUUGACAAGGGGUGAGCUAUAAUGAUACUGCAAGCCACAAUUUUGCCCUUCAACAACUCUCUCUAAUCGAUUGUUCCAGCUGCACAGGGUUCAGGGACAACAAACUUGCCAUCUAGAUUUCAUUUUCCUGAGCUGUUGGCCAAUCGGACCGCCAAACAGAAGCGAUAAUUUUCCAUCCAUCAUGGGCUGAUAGCAUCUCUGAUAUCAGGGCAACCUCUGGUACGGCGAGAUGUGCCGCGGACAGUUCGACACGGCUAGUUCUCAGAUUGACAAAAGUCCGACGAGAUCGAGACCGAGUCCUAUAGCACAACCUGGAUAGUUGGGUGAUUCGCUAUGCAAAGCAGAAGACGGCAAGCUUUCGCCAGCGGGUUGUCAUAUCACAUUGACUAGGUCAAGACCAUGUAUCCUGCGGCACAGUUUUAUACACCCUAACUUUGGGAGAGCGACGGCAAGCUCCUCCCGUAUCCACGUGGCCCAAGCUGAAGGGGGAGACGACAAAAGAAUAGGUGCCAGGAGUGUCGACAGAAUGGUGUAUAAGGAGGCACAGUUUCCCCUGAAAUCCUGAGGCAAUGAACAGACAUUCAAGACACUCACGGACCUCACCAAGCCAGUUACCCAGACCCAGUUUCCAAGACUUCUUUAUCAUCAACUACCACCAUGCCUCAAGCAAUGAAGCUCAAUGACAAGGCCCCUGCCAAUACUCCGCCGGCCCAAACGCCUCCAUGCAGCCCCAUCGAUGAAAGUCCCCAGCAGAGUGUGACAACAGGAUAUGGGUAUCAGCAUUCUGAUGAGAAAGAACUUGUAGAAGCUCUUCGCGAAGCCAGGGCGGAUUCCACCACCUUCAAAUCCAAUCACUCGGAAGACACUGCAGGUGGGUGUGCCAGCCCUAAGCAAGAUGGUAAAAAGAUUGUUCAGGAACAAGAGACUGUGUUGAAUAAUGCUUCUAAGCUGAAGCCGCAAGAGCGGGAGAUAUCCUUCUCACACAACCCCAAAUCAGAAUCGCCCCGUGCUUAUGGAUAAUAUAUGUCAGACAUACCACCCACUUGGAUGGAAUGUGAUCCCAUAUUUAUGGAUAACGAGAACGUUGGUUUCGAUCCUGCGAUGAAAGAAUGUUCCGAGAUGAGAACACCUAAAGCUAGCAAAGAAAACAUGGAGCAGUCAGGCACGCCGGUUGAAGUCAUGAAAAGAAUCAAAUCAAUAGGAUCCCGAGCCCCUCCUGAAAUAUAUUGAUGUCUGCCGUUUCUUUUUGGAAUGAUAGGGAACAAUUUCCGUGUCACAUGCACUUUUUCGCAGCCGGCAGCAAGAAAACGUUGUUCAGCGUCGCUGCUGGUCUUUUAUUUUUAUUUUAUUUUGAAAAAUUUGCAUGUCGUGGUUCUCCCCAAGCCAGAGCGCCUAUAGCCAAAAUUGUCAAAGCAAAAAGGUGAACGUCGCAGCAGCAAAUUUUAUAUCUGGCCCUGAAGAAAGGGGUAAAUUUCUUGACUUCUACAUUUCUUAAUCGUCUUUAUCUUGAUUAAGGUUGCAGUCGCACUUACCUGGAUUUUUGGAUUUCUGCCUUUCUAAAGUUCACUGUACACACACACACCGGGCCUCAGCCCCUUCAAAGUGCAUAAUAAACAUAAGAAAGGGUAAACGGUAUAAAAAUACCAACCACGCGCCAAUGUAUAGAAAAACUGAAACAUCUGCAGACACCUUCAAAUGAAAUCUAGUUCUUCAUCAUCUUUUGACACCCUAGUAACAUUCGAGACCGGAAAGGUCCCAUCUCGGUUUGGGAUUGGAAGGCCCUUCUUCUGGAGAAUCUUGCGUCUUUUCAGCCUCUUUUUUGGGGAAUGCUUUUUCUAAUUAGCAUAGAGACUGACAUCCGGAUGUUCUUCUAAGGGAGGUUCUUCAGCAGGAUGUUGGUCGGUGGCAUACGUUUCAGCUGGAGGCUCUCCGAUGGGACACUCUUCAACGAGAGGCUCUUCGACGGGAUAUGCUUCAGUGAGAGGCUCUUCUUGGGGAGGGUCUUCAGCGAGAGGAUCUUCGACGGGACAGUCUUCAAACGAAGGCUCUUCUGGGGCGGGUUCUUCCUCAGCAGGUUCUUUGACGGGAUAUGCUUCAGCGGGAGGUUCUUCA